AAUUUGUUCACCUGUUGCAGAACUACCUGUCUCAGUUCGGCUACCUGCAACCAAUUAAUCCAACAAGUGGCGGAAUCAUAUCACAGGACACGCUCUCGAAAGCGAUCUCCGAGUUCCAAGCAUUCGCCGGACUGAACAUAACAGGUGACUUCGACGAGGAAACGUACAAGCUAAUGGCACUGCCAAGGUGCGGCGUUAAGGACAAGGUUGGCCCCGGUUUUGGAAGAUCGAAGCGGUACGCUCUUCAAGGCUCGAGGUGGCGCGUGAAGAAACUGACCUACAAGAUCAGCAAGUAUCCGCGAAAUCUGCCGCAGCACAAGGUCGACGCCGAGCUGAACAAGGCGUUCAAAGUAUGGUCGGAAUACACGGAUCUCGUUUUCAUUCAGAAGAAGUCCGGCCAGGUCCACAUUGAGAUCAGAUUCGAGAAGGGCGAGCACGGCGACGGAGAUCCUUUCGACGGGCCUGGCGGCACUUUGGCACACGCUUACUUCCCCGUGUACGGCGGUGAUGCCCACUUCGACGACGCGGAACAAUGGAGCAUCGACAGUUUCCGUGGGACGAAUCUCUUUCAAGUAGCGGCGCACGAGUUUGGCCAUUCCCUUGGCCUGAGCCACAGCGACGUCAAGGCUGCCCUGAUGGCGCCCUUCUACCGCGGAUACCAACCCUACUUUCGUCUGGACGACGACGACAUUCAGGGUAUUCAGGCUCUCUAUGGAAAGAAAACGACGAGCACCAGUGGCGUUCCAAGUGGGCCAAGAUAUACCACCACUACCACGGCACCGCCCAGCGAAGAAGACUCGGAACUUUGCACAGAUCCAAAGGUCGACACGAUGUUCAACUCUGCGGAGGGACACAUGUACGCGUUCAAAGGCGAUUAUUACUGGAGACUAACAGCGGAUGGUGUGGCAGUCGGCUACCCUAAACUCAUUUCACACUCGUGGAAGGGACUACCAGGGGACAUAGACGCUGCGUUUACGUACAAAAAUGGGAAGACUUACUUCUUCAAGGGCUCGAAAUACUGGCGAUACGUAGGCAAAAGGAUGGACGGUGAUUAUCCAAAGGAAAUCAGCGAAGGUUUUACAGGUAUCCCGGACAACAUCGACACCGUGACCGUUUGGACUGGAAACGGCAAGAUCUACUUCUACAAAGGCACGAAAUUCUGGAGGUUCGACCCUGCUCAAAAGCCACCGGUGAAGAACACCUAUCCGAAACUGAUCUCAAACUGGGAGGGCAUCCCAGAUAAUCUCGACGCCUCUAUCGUCUAUCGUGGUUACACGUACUUCUUCAAGGGAGACGCUUACUACCGAUUCAACGACAGGACGUUUUCCGUGGACGUUGCUGAUCCAGCAUUCCCUAGAUCGACGGCGUACUGGUGGUUCGGAUGCAGAUCAGCGAACAAGGGAACGUUAGGUAAUGUCCAGUGGCUUCGUGAAAAUCCCGAAGACACGUUUCCGCAUGACGGCAUCCUGGAGCCCGACGACGGUGAUUCUGUUGAGAACGAUGACAGACGCGGUGACGUCGGAGACAUCAUUUUAGACGCAGGCGAAACGGACGAGCAGCUAGUCACGUCAUCCAAUCAGGACGCGGACUCUGCGGCGGGAGAUAGUUUCACGUCGUCGUCGUUAUCGUGGUAUUUCCCGCUCAGUUUGAUGACCAUGAUCUUCGCUAAAAUUAUUGCCACUACGUAAGGGACAGAGAUGAUUUAUUUGUUGGAAAAUAUAAAGUGAUGGGGAUCAUCAUCAACGAUGGGAAAACUAGUAGAGAUAAUUAAUCAAACGGACCACGGCGGGGGGAGGGAAGUGUGAACUCAAAGUGUAUCGUACGCGGAGAAUGGAAACUGUGCCAAAAUAGUGGCAGUGUGUUAAUCGUGGGUGAUAAUCUUCUUCGAGGUCAACGAACGUGUCGAAGAGCGAGAUUCUUUGUUCGUUAUUACUUUAAUCUCACAAUCAUUCCGAUCGAAGCAACUUUGCGCGUCUAGUUGUUUGAAAAAAAGUUGUUUGCUUCGUUUCCUAGAUAAAUAAGUAUUCUCCGCAGCAUGUUUCUCAAGAUGUGUUAAGAUUUUACGUUUCGUUGUUAAGCGAUCGUUUCUUGCGUAUCAGACAUGCUGUACAUACGAUAUAUGUAAAAUACACGAAAUUAUGGACAUGUAAAAUAUGUUUAUACAUAAUAUUUUAAGUCGCAUGCAAUAUUAUGUCAUCAAACUUUUUACACUGCCUAUUUAUUCUUUAUUCGUACAUCGUGAUUUGUAUAAACAUUAACGUCCAAGGCACUUAUUUUGCGUGUAUCCAUGCAGGACAUAGGUUUAAAAAAAGAACUGAGACAUGCUGUAACAUGACAGAUAGCGGAUAAAGAUAACAGUCAAUUGGUUUCUUGACUGACAGUAUUAUGAGUAUUGUAGAGUUUUCAUUACUUCUCUUACAAAAGUAUAAUACCUGUCAGAAUGUAAAGAAAUGCAAAGAAUUAUGGGAACCUUGAAAUCAUGAAUUCAUAAUUUGCUGUAUUGAAAAUUAAAAAAGCCUAUGAAAACAUCUAUAAUACUUAUGGUAAUGACUGUAUCACAAGUGCCUUAAAAUGUUUUGAAAAUAUUGUAGUAAAGCGCAGCUUUCUUAUAUAAGUUUCUAUUAUUUUGUUGUUAUUAUUGCUUAUUAAUUAACACCAAUCACUAUAAUUUUCUUUCCCUCCACAACAUAUCUUCUUUUAAACUUCCUACAACUUUUAUUAUGCAAUAGAACUAUAAUAAAUGAUGUUUAUAGUAAUUACAUUUUCAUUUCAGAUAAUGUUAUAAAUAUGAGAUUUAAUGUAAUACGUGAAAAGCAAUAAUUUUUAUUAAUUCAAGAAUAACUAUUUGUAUUAUCCUUUAAAACCAAAAUGACAUAAAGGCAAUAAUGUAUAGUGUGCGUAUAUGCACUUCAUAAAAUAUGUGUGCAUUAUGUAUUGUAAAUUUUAGUUCAUAUCUACAUAUAUUAUUUAAACAAAAUUAAGUUAAAAACUACAUUAAUGUAAAAAGUAUUAAAUAUUGCAAAAUAUAAACGGCAUUUACAAUUCAUAAUGUACAUAUAUCUUUAUAAUGAUAUUAAUGACAUUACCAUGUUUCUUUACAUUCUAAGAAAUGUUUUCAUAAUUUUGUUAUAAAUAAAUGAUUAAGUACUUAAAAAUGAUCUAGCAUUUAAGGAAAAAUAAAGCACAAAAAGCCUUGUACAGUUUUUUAACACUUGUUGAAUAAAUAAUUUUUCAAAAAGAAAAGUGUCACACAUAUGAAAAUUUUAUACUAUGAUUUAAUUUAUAUGAAAUAUUUAAAUUAAAGAGUAUUCAAUACACAAAUACAAGGUGCAUUUAACGCAAUACAAAGUACAAGGCCUUUAUUUGUGUUUUGUUAGGCCACCAGGAUGAUUCAUAUUGAAACUUGCCACAUUGUGCUAUGUCCUGGCAUUGUACAGUAUCAAUAAUAAAACGUACAUUCAUUUUAACUAAUGCUUAUUUUAAAAAAAUAAAUAAAAUAUUUGAUCAUUACCAAAUUA